AUGUAUCAUCUAAACUCUAGGGAUGUGGGAGAGAGUGCUAAGGUCGGGGAGAAAAGGAAUGACUAUGGGAAUUCUAAAAACCAAGGUAACUUCAAGAGGUUUAGGAAUGGGAACUCAUCUGAGAGGGGUAACCAGAAUAUUAGCAAUUCUUCUAAUGAUAGCAAUGGGGAGAGGAAAUUCUUUUGCAAGAAGUGUAGUAAGAACCACCCUGGGAGAAACUAUGAUGGGAAUUUAGUGACUUGCAGGUUAUAUAAUAAGAAAGGGCAUAGGGAGUAUGAGUGUUACUCCAAGCUGAACCAACAGGGGGAUGGUGGAAAUGGUGGAAAUAACCAACAGAGGUCUAGCAAUUCCUAUAACCAAGGAAGAAAGAGUAAUGGGCAGAGUGGUCAGAAUAGGAAGUCUGGGAUUGGUAACAAUAAUGGCAACAAUAAUACUGGUAAUGGCAACAAUGGUAAUCAGGGAAGGAAUAAGACUCCCGGGCGUUUGUCUGUAAUGGGAAAAGGAUAG